AUGUAUCGUCGGAUGACGCCCAAUACCGGUAACCACGGAAUCACGAGCGAAUCCUCUUGUACCUCUCCCAUCGAUACCGACAAUGAUAGACCGUUCGAGCCCGAUUCCUCUGAGACUGAUCUCACCGAGCCGGAGCGCUCCCCUCUAGCGGGUCGAACGAUUGUUCGGAAGAAGCCAAGCCCAAAGACUGGAACAAAAUCCUUACUAACAGACCUGUCGAAUGUGGAACGUGUCCACCAGGCCCGAUACCAAGUGCCCGAUGAUGACACGGAUGAGGACCUGGCCUAA